GCGUACACCGCGUGGCUCAUCCGCUCGUCCGGACUGAGCCGGGAAGGGGCGAAACCGGGGCGGACGACGACGACGUCGCGCGCGAGCCCGGACGCGAGCUCGGGGCUGGCGCGCGUGCGCGUCUCGAGGCGUACCGUCCUUCUCGCGGAGGUGACGGAGGCUACGGCAAAGGGGCCGCUGGGCGCCAUGCCGACGGUCAAGUACCAGUUCGCGCCGGCGCCGAGUGACGACGGGGGAUCGUCGCAGUCCAGGAACGAGGCGAUGAGCGUGUACGUCCUACCCCCGAUAUGGUACCCCGACGGAGUGCUGGGUUUGGACCCCGGGUGGUACGUGAAGAUUGGGGGCGGCGCGAACGAUUUCUUCGACGAGAACCGCGCGGACGACGCCGUCGCCGACCUCGACGAGUGGAUGAGAUCGGACGGUGACGAGUCGGUGGCGGAUAGGCUCCACGACGUGCUCGUUGCGCUCAUGCCGGACACCAACUUCCUCAGCGUCCAGAGCAAGGCGUGCGUGACCACCUGCAGCGACGACGGCGAGUUACAGUGCGAGGCUCUCGGGGACGGCGGCGUCGUACUGGCGGUGACGGGUUGCCAGGGGAAAGCGGCGGGGCCCGCGGACGCGAUCGGGCGGGCGGUGGCGAGCGAGGUUGCGGCGAUGCUCGGCGCGUAGGUUUUGCUGGCGUCUGGCAUUUAAUUAUUAAACAUCGAACUCAUC